GAAAAAGCGAGGGGGAGAGCACAGAAGUGUGGCUGCAUUCCUGGAGAGAGAGAUCCCUGCCCCUUCCUCCGUCGUCCUCCUUGUUCCUCCUUCCCUCCUCGUCUCCAGCCGGCGGCGGCGCACAGAGGGAUUGUGAACCCGGGCUGCAGAUGCGAGGCUGAAAGACACGCGUAGGGAAGUUGUGGAGAGGAGGCUCGCUACGACGAUCACACGCAUCCGAACGAGUUUGGAGUUUGUUGUCGGAAUUUUAAUUCGAGGAAACUUUUUUUUGUCGGUCAUGGGUUCCCAGCGGACACUCCGCGCCGGCCGGACAGCGCUGCUCCUGGCCGGGCUGCUCGUCGCUCUGGGGCAGCUUUGCGCCGCAAGUUGCCCGGAGAAAGAUUUGGAGGACAGAGAGGAGGAAGCCAACAUAGUUCUGACCGGCACCGUGGACGAAAUAAUUAACAUGGACCCGGUGCACAACACCUACUCCUGCAAGGUGAGAGUGUGGCGCUACUUGAAAGGGAAGUCCAACGUGAAUCGUGAAAUUCUCCUGGAUGGCGGCAACAAGGUGAUGAUCGGUGGCUUUGGUAACCCCGGGAUCUGUGACAACCAGGUGGCGACGGGCGACACUCGCAUAUUCUUUCUCAACCCUGCCCCAGAGUCCAUGGGGCCCGAACACAAGAAUGAACUUAUGCUCAACUCAAGUCUGAUGAGGAUUACCCUACGCAACCUGGAGGAUGUGGAGCACUGUGUGGAAGACAAACCACCUCACUUCACACCGGCCCAGCCUCCUGAUGGCUGCAGAGGGAUGCUGUGUGGCUUUGGGGCUGUUUGUGAGCGCGAGCCGUCCGACCCGUCCAAGGCCGAGUGCGUUUGCAAGAGACUGGACUGUCCGUCCCUGGUGGCGCCUGUUUGCGGCUCAGAUUCGUCCACCUACUCCAACGAGUGUGAGCUGGAGAAAGCCCAGUGCAACACCCAGCGACGCAUCAAGGUGCUGCGCAAAGGACCCUGCUCUCUGAAGGACCCCUGCACCGAGGUGACCUGCAGCUACGGCAGCACCUGUGUCCAGUCUUCAGACGGCUUGUCGGCUAAAUGCAUGUGCCCCCUCGGCUGUGAGGGGAAGCCUGAGCAGACAGUGUGUGGCAGUGAUGGAAAGGACUACCCCAAUGAGUGUGAGCUCCAUCAGCACGCCUGCAAGAACCAGAAGAACAUCCGCGUGCAGUACCAAGGACACUGCGACCCCUGUAAAGACAGUGAAAACAGCCUGAACAUCGUGUGCCGGGUGGAGGCUCUCACCCGCCAGCCCCUCAUCUUUGGCCCGCCGGACUCUUGCCCCCCAGAAGAUGAGCCUCUGUGUGCCAGCGACGGCCAGACCUACCCCAGCGAGUGCGUCAUGACGGCGACAGGCAUCCAGAAAGGCAUCAAGCUCAAGAAGAUACACGCGGGACAGUGCAGAAGGCUGGAGGAGUGCAAGGAGGAGUGUCUCUUCAACGCCGUGUGUCUGGUGGAGCAGCUGAACGCCCGCUGCUCCUGCGAUCCCAUCGAGUGCGACGGCACCUACAAGCCCGUGUGCGGCAAGGACGGCCACACCUACACCAACGAAUGUGUGCGACGCAAGGCGGAGUGUCUGAGCAGGACCCUCAUCCCCGUCAAGCAUCCAGGGCCCUGUGAUCUCCACGUACCCAGCCCCUGUUUGGAUAAGGAGUGCGACCACGGGGCAGUGUGCGUGGUCAAGAACAAUGAGCCGGUGUGCGAGUGCCCCGAGGCCUGUCCGCAAACAUCCGACCCCGUGUGCGGAUCUGACGGCCACAGUUACGGCAGCCCGUGUGAGAUGCGAGCAAUGGGUUGCGCCCUGCAGAAGGCCAUCCACAUCCAACACAAAGGACCCUGUGAUGAAACUUGUGCCAACUGCUCUUUCGGGGCGAUCUGCGAUGCCCAGAGCGGACAGUGUGUGUGUCCGUCCGAGUGUGUGGAGUCCCACCAGCCUGUGUGUGGCAACGAUGGCACCACCUACACCAGUGAGUGCGAGCUGCACGUGCGGGCCUGCACACAACAGGUGGAGCUCCGAGUGGUCAACCAAGGAGAGUGCAAAACAUGCGGCAGCACUGUGUGUGCCUGGGGCGCCAGGUGUGUCCAGAAUAAGUGUGAGUGCCCGCAGUGCUCAGACGAGGCCCACUCCCCGGUGUGUGGAAGUGAUGGCACCACCUAUGACAACGAGUGUGAACUCCGCGUGUCCUCCUGCAUGCAAAAGAGGAGAAUUGAUGUGGCAAAGCCCGGCAGCUGUGAUGAAGACUGUGGCUCAGGAGGCUCAGGCUCAGGUGCAGAGAGCUGUGAACAGGACCGCUGUCGCAUGUUUGGAGGCUCGUGGGACGAGGAUGCAGAGGACGACCGCUGCGUCUGCGACUUCACCUGCCAGAGUGUACCUCACAACCAGAUCUGUGGCUCAGAUGGAAAAAACUACAGCAACGAGUGCGAGCUGAAAAAGGCCAGAUGUGAGAAACAAGAGCACUUGUUGAUUCAGAAUCAGGGACCCUGCACAGCGAACUCAGCCAUCUCCCUGCCGGAGCUGACGGCGCCCCAGCACUGCAGCCUGUCUGUGUACGGCUGCUGCUCCGACAACGUGACGGCUGCCUUAGGAGUUGGACUGGCCGGAUGUCCCAGUACCUGCCAGUGUAACCUCUACGGCUCCUACAAGGGGACGUGUGACCCCACCACUGGCCAGUGCUCCUGUAAGCCGGGCGUCGGCGGGCAGAAGUGUGACCGCUGUGAACCGGGCUUCUGGAAUUUCCGAGGCAUUGUGACGGAGAAUAUGAGCGGCUGCACACCAUGUAACUGCGACGCCACAGGCUCGGUGCGGGAUGACUGCGAGCAGAUGUCGGGUUUGUGCUCCUGCAAGACGGGAGUGAAGGGCAUGAAGUGCAACGUGUGUCCAGAUGGAAGCAAGAUGGGCAUGAAUGGCUGCGACAAAGGUCCUGAAGCUCCGACAUCGUGUGACGAGGUAGAGUGUAGUUUUGGAGCCUCCUGCAUUGAGGAGAACGGCCAGGCCCACUGUGAGUGUCCCUCACCUGACUGUGACCUGAAAAACAAAACUAAGGUGUGCGGCUCAGAUGGGGUGACCUAUGCCGACCAGUGCCAGCUGAGGACCAUAGCCUGUAGGCAGGACAAGGACAUCACAGUCCAGCAUUUUGGACAGUGCACAGAAACCAUCUCCGAGCCGGCAGACCGACCCACCCCCAACCCACCCGCCACAACCCCCAGCUCAACCGUUGCCGCCACCAUCACCACCGCCGCCCCCCUCCACCCUAACAUGGUGUGGGCCAUCCCGCCUCCAAGGACCGCCCCGACAGAGACCAUCGACCAGCCUCCGGCCACCACCCCCUUUAUCACCCUCAUCGACAACCAAGCAAAUUCACGCCACCCCAUUCACGCCCAGCCUCAGGCGCCGCAGCCCACCGCUGCCGCCGCCACCACCCCCUCCGCUCGCAGCAGUCCCGCCCCCUCCGCUGCCGUAGCCUCUUUCGAGGGCUCGGGCAGCGGGGAGCCGAGCGGGGACGACCAGGCCGAAGAAGAGGAGGAGCAGGAGGAAGAAGCGGGUAGUGGCGUCCCCCCUGAGGCCAGUGGGGCAGCGGAGCCCGUCGAUCCCAUGUUGGCCGCCACCACCAUACCCACAGCCGAGGACAGGUCAUCCUGCGACAACACAGAGUUCGGCUGCUGUCCCGACGGCAAGACUCCGUCCAGCACUCCAGAGGGCGCCAACUGCCCCUCCACCAUGCGCUUCAGUGGUUUCCUACAUCUGGACGAGGUGGAGGGCCAGGAGAUUAUCUACACACCAGAGAUGGAGGAUCCCAAGUCAGAGCUGUUCGGAGAGACGGCCCGCAGCAUCGAGAGCGCUCUCAAUGAAUUGUUCAGGAAAUCGGAGGUGCGCAAAGACUUCAUGAGCGUCCGUGUCCGCAACCUGGCGCCCAGCAACUCCAUCCUGGCCUUCGUGGAGGCCCACUUCAAACCAGACACGAGGUACACCGUGGAGGACACCGUGGGGGCCCUGCUGAAACAGUUAAAGGCCUCCAAAGACACCAGCAUCUCCGUGAAGAAGCCGGAGGACGAGAAUAUUCGCUUCACCAAUUAUGGCCUGUCCUCCAUCCCCAUCUUCACCACCACCACCAUGACGACCACAGCGUCGGUGACCACGGCGGCCCCCACCACCACCACCACCACCACCACCACCAGGUCUCCGCCCACCUCCCCUUACAUCACACGCCGCCCACCGGGCACCACUCGCAGGCCCUUCAGCAGCAGACGCACCACCACCACCUCAGCACCGGCCACCACGCCCCGCCACACCACUGCAGCUGCCACUACGACCGCGCUGCCUCCAGCCACGACCAUCGCACACGUCAGAGGCAGAACUCACCACAAGGCCCAGAAGCCCUGCGACUCCCACCCCUGCCUCCACGGGGGCACCUGCGAGGACGACGGCAGCGACUUCAGCUGCAGGUGCCCCGCCGGCCGAGGAGGCUCCGUGUGUGAGAAGGUGAUCAAAUACUUCAUCCCAUCGUUCGGAGGCCAGUCCUACUUGGCCUUCCAGACCAUGAGCGCCUACCACACGGUCCGCAUCGCCAUGGAGUUCAGGGCGUCGGAGAUGACUGGCAUCCUGCUCUACAACGGCCAGGACGGCAAGAAGGACUUCAUCUCUCUGGCUCUGGUCAACGGCAGGGUGGAGCUCAGGUUUAACACAGGUUCUGGCACCGGCACAGUGAUCAGCAAAGUUCAAGUGAGUCAGGGCCGCUGGCAUCAGCUUGUGGUGACUCGCAAUCGGCGAAACGCCAUGCUCAGCGUGGACAACGAGCCCCACAUCGAGGGCGAGAGUCCCCGCGGCACAGACGGCCUCAACCUGGACACCCACCUGUUCAUCGGAGGAGUGCCGGAGGAGAUGAAGCAGGAUGUCAGGGAAAGGACGGCGGUGGCCACGGGUCUGGUCGGCUGCAUCCGCCUCCUGGACGUCAACAACCGGGUGCUGAACCUGCAGGAGACCGGCGGCGACAGUCUGUACGGCAGCGGAGUGGGUGAAUGUGGAAACAACCCCUGCCAGCCAAAUCCCUGCAAGAACGGCGCCGCGUGCCAGGUCAAGGAAGCUGAGAUGUUCCACUGCAAGUGCAGCAAAGGAUUCUGGGGUCCGACAUGUGCUGACGUCCACGAUCCAUGCGAGCCCAACAGGUGCCAUCCGUCUUCCCAGUGCCAGGCGCUGCCCGAGGGAGGCUACAAGUGCGAGUGUCCCAUGGGACGUGAAGGGAGGCACUGUGAGAAAGUGGCUGAGAGGAGAGGGGCUUACAUGCCACUGUUCAACGGAGACUCCUACCUGGAGCUGAAGGGUCUCCAUCUCUACGGGCACGAUCUGCGUCAAAAGGUCAGCAUGAAAGUGGUGCUCAUGGCCAACGACUCCAACGGGCUGAUCUUCUAUAACGGCCAAAAAUCGGACGGAAAAGGAGACUUCAUCUCUCUGUCUCUGAAUGAGGGCAUCCUGGAGUUUCGCUACGACCUGGGAAAGGGCCCAGCUACCAUCAGGAGUAAGGAGGCCAUCCAGCUGAACGUGUGGAACACCAUCGACCUGGAGCGCUCCAACCGCAAAGGAGAGAUCAUGGUGAACAAGAAGGACCCCGUUCGAGGAGAGGCACCAAACACGCACGUAGAUCUUAACCUCAAAGAGUCUCUUUUUGUUGGUGGAGCUCCCGAUUACAGCCGACUAGCGCGAGUGGCUGCGCUCACAGAGGGCUUCAAGGGAACAAUCCAAAAGAUCAUUCUGAUGGGUACACCCAUCCUCAGGGAGGAGAAUGCAUUGCGCUCCAGCAACGUAGCCAUGUUCCAGGACCACCCGUGUUCCCAGGAGCCCUGCCACAAUGGCGGCCGAUGCAACCCCCAGCUGGACAACUAUGAGUGUGUCUGCCUCAGCGGUUUCUCAGGGGGACACUGUCAGAACACCAUCUACGAGAAGUCCGCUGGAGAGACCGAGGCCAUCGCCUUCGACGGGCGGACGUUCAUUGAGUACCACAACGCCGUUACAAAGAGUGAGAAGGCUCUGCUGGUGAACAAAUUCGAGCUGAGCAUCCGGACCGAGUCGACCCAGGGCCUGGUGCUGUGGAGCGGGAAGGGCGUGGAGCGCUCAGACUACAUCGCCCUGGCCAUCGUGGAUGGACACGUCCAAAUGACAUACGACUUGGGCUCCAAGCCCGUGGUGCUGCGCUCCUCGGUGCGCGUCGACACUAACCGCUGGAUACGCAUCAAGGCCAGCAGAGCACUUCGAGACGGCUCUCUGCAGGUUGGCAAUGAGGCAGCAGUAACAGGGUCAUCGCCUUUGGCAGCAACACAGCUGGACACAGACGGAGCGCUGUGGUUGGGUGGUCUGGAGGAGCUGGCGGUGGCCCGUCGGCUGCCCAAGGCCUACAGCACUGGCUUUGUUGGCUGCAUCAAGGACGUGGUGGUGGACGGCGUGGAUCUCCACCUGGUGGAGGACGCCUUAAACAGCCCCAAGAUACUACACUGUUCUGCUGCCAAAUAGCCUGGCAGAGACAAAAUACUGCAAGAAACAACAACAACAACAACAACAAAAAAAAAGAACCCCUUCCAUCCGCUCCCUCCAUAGCGCCCAUGUUUCCUGCUGUAAUUAUUUUCUAUUUUUGUAUACUUUUCAUCGCUUUUUAUAUGGAAAGAAAAUGAAUAUGUUGUUUUAAUUUUUGUUUUAUAUAUUUUGCUGUUUUUUUUUUUUGUUUUUUAAUCUGCACCUCCGUUCACAGAACACAGUUUCUUUCCCUUCAUGGCCCUUCAAGUUUUUUUUUUUUUUUUAAGGCAUCUUUGUGAAAAAAAGAUAUUUUAUUUUUUGUCAAUUGUGUUGUUUUAAAACAAACACCAAGUUUUAAAAAAAAAAGAAAUCCAUCAACCUGCCAUCUUUCCUUACUCAUUACUUGAACACAGUGGACCUCGCUGAUGAUCUCUGGUUACUGCCUUGUCUUGGUGCCAUAUCUAUCGCCCACAUUCCCCAAGCAUGGCCCAUACAUACUGAAACAUGGCAUACAUUCCCUCAUGAGAACUGGACGCAGUACAAGUUGUAGCCGCUGUGUGCAGUUCUGUGAUCCUGCAGCCAGCUGGUGUCUACAGUCAGGAAACUCUGUAUUCAGCCCGCUGUAUUUUCCUAAUGGGACUUUAUAGAUAUCAGUCAAGCUGCUACAGUGAGAAAGUACACAGUCGAAACUGCUCGAUCAACCCCAUCUCACAGCACCAAAAGAGAAAAAAAAAACCUCUCUGACUCCCAUCAGAGCCUUUAGUUUUGAAAUAUGACUCACUAACACUGCAACCCGACGCGAUGGGAGCGAGAGCGCUGCGUUCCACAAUGACUCGCAUAUCAUUAGUCAUCGGUCAAGACAUGAAUCAUAGACAUUGAUAAAUGUUAUAAAUAUAGAGUAUAUAAAUAAUACCUGAGACUGUGAAUAUGUACGAUGGGUUCUCUUUGGAGAAUUGUGCUUCUCAUGUACUGUUGUGCGUUCUGUUCUACAAUCAGCAGAUGAACUAAUGACCACUAUAAAUGCAUGCACUUCUGCAGUGUUGGUUUGAAUCUGGUUUUUCUUUGUUUGUUUUUUUUGUUUUUUUAAUUCCCAUUUAGUACCAAACAAAUUCUAUUUUUAAAAAUGUCACUGUUUUGGGCUCUUUUUGCAUUGAUUCAAUCGAGGUUCCUUCUUUUCUCUUAUUUCCACGGAUUUCAGAAAGAGUUGAGAUUUAUGUUUGUUCAUUCCCUGUAUGCGUCUGUUGUUGUUUUUUUUCUUGGGAGCAGUUAGUUUUGCAGGACCUUGAGUAGUGCGCAAGGGAAGAGUUGUUACCAUGUCUGACCUUAAGGAGGUGCUGAAAGCAAAGACUGAAGAACUGGCAGGACAGCAAAGAGGCAAGGAGCGUUCUCUUGACUCCUGGGAACGUCCUGUCAGACAACAGUCAGUCGUCAACACAAACACUAAAAGCUUAAAAAAAAAAAAACUCUACCUGAGACUUAAUUUCAUUUUGCAUUUCACCCAGGAGCAUUCCUGGAGCUAUCUACUUUUGGGCUGUUGAGUGAGAGAGAGAGAGAGAGAGAGACUGUGAUGUUCUUAUGACCUUCUGAAGCCAUAACAGCCGCAAAAACUGGGAAAAGAUGCGUAAUCCUACACUACUUGCAAGUUAACAUAGCAGCGCAUGGGUUUCUACGACUAGUGUGUGACGUUCAGUGAACUGUUGCAGCGGGAGGCGUCUUUUCUGAGCCACAAUAAGCUGGGAUGGCUGACUUAAAGACUUUUGUUUUGAUACGAGAACCUUGGCAAUAUUCUACGGCAAAGUCAUGCCUGUUCGUGGUCGAGUAUCAAAUGGUCUUGUACUAUUUUUUAUUUUUUUUUCCUUUCAUAAGUUCUUAAUUAUGUUUCCCUCCUUAAAUCAUCGAGCAAUCUGUUUUUGUACAGCCCUGCAAUUUUCAAGUGUAAAUCUAGCAAAUGUGUGAUCUGUGGAGGUUUAUGUUUUUAGUAAUAUACACUGGAGCCAUGUCUGACUUGUCUGUUCACCCAUUUAUAUACUUCUGUACAUGGGGGAGGGAUUCCAUUCAAUUAAAGGAACUUUAUUUGCCCCGCUCAGGGCAGUUUCACAAAGCCCUGAAGCUACUACUAUGCUAGGCGUGGAUCUCGGCGCCAGACCAGGAAGCCUACGUCUGGUGUCUCCUAAAUUCCAACACUUACUCUGUUAACUUGUGACUGGUCUUAUUUUUAACACACUGUUCUUUGAAUUUGAUCAAUUCUGGUGGUUACACGCGAAUAAGAAGAGAAUCCUGUGAACUUGGUUGGAGUCAUGAACAAUAAAGACAACUGCAGUCUAUGGUUUGGGUGGAAACUAUGAAUUGCCUUAAAACUGGUCGCCUGGACUGUGAGCAGGUGACAAAGACGUCAUCCAUGUAACUGUUUCCUUACUUUAGCCAGUGUAUUAGCCUCAUCCCCAAAUGUAAAUGAGUAAUACAUAAUAAUAAUAACUAUAUUAGUAAUAAUGCUCAUACACAAAAAAAAAAUAUCCCAGAGGGCCUCUGCAAAUGUCCCAUCUGGCUUUUUACGAAAAAAAAAUAAUCUUCUAUUUACUGUUUUUUGAAUCUAUUUUCUGUUCCUUAUUUAUGUCUACAUGUGGAUUACCCUCCAUGUCUGGCCUCUGUAAACUACUGUCUGACUGCGCCAACCUCGUUAAAGGGCAGUGCACCAAGUAAGAGUGGCAUGACCUGAACAUUACUAACUUUAUGACCUUUGUCUUGUGUUCCUACCACCAUGAAAUAAAAUGUCAACCAAAUAAUGGAG